AUGGUUGUGCUUGUAAGCAUUGGGGGCUUCCUCCAUUAUGACCAUAGACGAGGUGAAGCGGAGGGUUGUCAUGUACAAAGUCUAUAUCUCAACUUUGCCGACAUCGGAUGGAAGGAAUGGGUCAUUGCUCCUGAAGGUUACUCAGCAAAUUAUUGCAUUGGCGCAUGCUCUAGUGACUCUCCAAUGCACAGUAAAAUGAAUGCGACUAAUCAUGCCAUAGUUCAGACCUUGGUUCAUUUGGUUGAUCCCAAACGUGCUGACGAAGCGAAAUGCGCACCAGUAUAUCUGUCUCCAGCAAAGAUUCUUUUCAUUGACAAUCACGGAAAUGUGGUUAUGAGGAGGUAUCAGGAUAUGACAGUCCAAGAAUGUGGGUGUCUGUAGGA